UUAAGUUAACCUUAAAUGCGUUAAGAUUUUAUAAGUAAAGUUACUGCCGUAGAACUAGUGUAUUCAUUUAUAUCUGGAUAAGAAUUAUAGAAUAGUUUAUAUUGCAUUUGUCAAAUAUAUUGAUUAUAAAUUCCAACUUUACAUUCCAGCAUAAGACAUUUGUGCACGAAAAUGAGUGACGACACUUCUUUCUUUACUUUACCGAACAAUCAACCGAUAAUUUCUUUAGAAUGCGAAAGUGCAUUUAAAGCUCUAACAACAAAAGAAAAACUAUACGCACAUUAUUUAAGUCAAGCUGCAUGGAAUGGCAGUCUUAUUGUAUUUAUACAAACUUCUCCUGAAUCACCAUUAAUAUUUGCUCUUUUACACAAAGUUUUUAUAUCUGAAAGUAUAGAUGAAUUAAAGAAAUCAGCACUUGAUGGUGGCAUCAGUGAAGAUGAAUUUACAGCUUUCCUAGUAUAUAGUUGUGGAAUAUUUGCAAAUGCUGGUAAUUAUAAGUCCUUCGGUGAUAGUAAGAUAAUUCCCAAAUUGCCUAAAGAAAAAUUUGAAACUGUAAUAAAAGUUUCAAAAGCAUAUAAAGAUAAUUCUAAAAGUACUGAUGAAAUUUGGAAUAAAAUUCAAGAUGUAGUGUAUUCGAUAAAAGGAAAAUUAAAGUCUUUGGGAUUAGGUGAUAAGGGUGUCACAACCUAUUUCUCUGCCAAUUGUACGGAUAAAGAUGCUGACUUGGUCAAUGAAUUUAUGCAAGAAAAAGGAUUAGAAUCUUACAAUGCAAGAUGUUUUAAAACUGUGAAUUCAGGCAAUAUGGAUUCAUAUGAAAUCAGAUUAGCUUCUGUAAAAACUGAUACUGAUCCUAAUAUUACAUUGUCAGAAGAAGUCUACAAGAAUGCUAAAUUCAAGAUUGCAAGAGGAGAUUAUAGUCAGCUGUUAAUUCCAGUUGUUGAUAAUCUACAGAAGGCAAAAGAGUAUGCAGCAAAUGACAAUCAGAAAAAUAUGUUGAACAAGUAUAUAGAACAUUUCACAGCAGGAUUAUUGCAGGCCCAUAAAGAUGGUUCACGAUUCUGGAUUAAGGAUAAAGGACCAGUUAUAGAAACCUAUAUUGGUUUUAUUGAAACUUACAGAGAUCCUGCUGGCCAGAGAGGAGAAUUUGAGGGAUUUGUAGCAAUGGUAAAUAAAGAAAUGUCUAAAAAAUUUGCUACUUUGGUACACAAUGCAGAGAAAUUUAUACCAAAACUUCCCUGGGGUACAGACUUUGAAAAGGACGAAUUCUUAAGACCUGACUUUACUUCUUUAGAUGUUUUAACAUUUUCUGGAUCUGGUAUACCUGCUGGAAUAAAUAUUCCGAACUAUGAUGAAAUUAGACAGUCGGAAGGAUUUAAGAAUGUAUCUCUUGGUAAUGUAAUUCCUGCAAAUAUGAAGUUAGACGUAAUACCAUUUUUAUCUGAACAUGAUCAGGCUCUAAUGAAUACUUAUAGAGUUGCAAGUUUUGAAGUACAAGUUGGUUUGCAUGAACUUCUUGGUCAUGGGACAGGUAAAUUGUUGAGGCAGUUAGGACCUGAUUCUUAUAACUUUGAUAAAGUAAAUGUAAAAAAUCCCUUAACUGGAGAAGUAAUAGAUAAAUUCUUUCUACCGGGUGAAACAUAUGAUUCAAAGUUUGGCCAAAUGGGAUCAUCUUAUGAAGAAUGUAGAGCAGAAGCUGUUGGGUUAUAUCUGUCUUUGGAAAAAGAUGUAUUAAGUAUAUUUGGGCACGAUGGUCCUAAAGCAGAUGACAUAAUAUAUGUCAAUUGGUUAUCUCUCUUGUGGAAUGGAUGUGCGAAAGCUUUAGAAAUGUAUCAACCAUCCACUAAAAAGUGGUUACAAGCUCACUCUCAAGCAAGAUACGUUCUACUUAGAGUAUGCAUUGAGGCUGGCGAUGGUUUCGUUAAUGUAGUUGAAUCUGAGUCUGGAAAGAAUUUAUUAUUCAGUGUAGAUAGGUCUAAGAUUCUGACUGUUGGCAAGAGAGCAAUUGGAGACUUUUUAAAUAAGUUACAAAUUUAUAAAAGUACAGGUGACAUUGAUGCAGCAAAGGAAAUGUAUGAAAAAUAUAGUGAAGUGCCCGAAGCAGGACCACAUCCAUGGGCACAUUGGAGAGAUAUUGUUCUUGCUCAUAAAGAACCUCGAAAAAUAUUUGUACAAUCAAACACAUUUAUAAAUGGUUCAGAUGAAGUACAUUUGAAGAACUAUGAACCCAGUUUUGCUGGAUUAAUUCAGUCUUGGAUAGAAAGAUUUCCUUCUACAGAAAUUUCCCAAACUUUCAUUAAACUUUGGGAAAAAGAUGAAAAAUACUUUACGUUAGAACAUAAGUAAUACAAUUAUUGAAAUAAUUAUUUUUUCAUUAUAUUUUGAAUUAUGUA